AAUCUACGUCUUCAGACAAUGCUUCCUCUAAAAGUGAUUUAUUCCAGUUAUGCUUGGUUACUGGAACCAAAAGAUGGGUGCAUAUCAAGAAUACCAAUGCCAUCUCAGAAUACGGGCGGAGACAUAGUAACACCAAGGGAUGAUCGAACAACAGCUUGGGAGAAAGCUCAGGAAGCCUUGAAAAAGGUUAACGUUUCAGCCACUUCGACUUCCAAUAUCUCAUCUAUGACAUCGUAUCAUUCUUGUGCUCAAGCUAAUAUUCCAAAUCCAAUAUUGAGUUAUUAUCCGUGGAUGGAGCAAUUAAAUUUUGGACUGCCUGUAUUCGCUCCUCGUCUACAACCUCCUCCACCUCCUCCAUCGUCAUCAUCAUCACUACCACCACCACCACCGCCACCACCACCACCACCUAAUCAGUCAUGCAGAUUACCGCAAGAUGGCUCUACUUACGUCGGAGUGCAGUAUGGUUUCGCACCAUCAAGAAAUCAUGGAUUGUUGACAAAUGCUGCUUAUUGUCCAAAUUUUAUGGAUCCAUGGAGUUCCUCAAGUCACUUUCCUUGUGUACAGCAAAAAUUUCGUUUUAACGUCAGUGUACCACGUGCACCAGAAGUACCUUUAGGGGUACGAAGAGAGUAUGGACAAAUUAACAGUACUACACAGCAUCCUGUACGUUUUUCAAUUAAUCGUCCCAAAGAACUUAGUACUGCACCCGUUUUUCGUUUAGAUACUACGUCAUCUUCAGUGGAAUCACCUACUAUUCCAGAUCCUGUUAAAGUACGAGGUUUGAGAAGGUAUGUAGAACGCUCAUAUAUGGCAGUAGAAAAAAAGGAAGACCGAGAUAAAUUGGAAGAAUAUUUUAAGCAGAAAUUGAAUCCUCUGUUGAUAUCUGGUGCUUACAAAACGGUAGACUGGGAUCAUGAACCGUUACCUUCUGAAUUGAAUUUUGAAGUGAAAAUUGGUUGGACACCGGCUAGUCAGCUGAAAAAAGGGGUGAAUACUUCCUUAGAAAUAGAACAAAGAUCGUCUAAAAAAUCAAAGCAUGGAAUAAACCAUCAAAAAAGUUCACGAUCGCCACAGUUCCGUGAUCAUUCCAAAAAAAGAUUGCCGUUUAGUCCACGUAUACGUCUUCUUUCAGAUGAUAAUUCGGUCGAAGAGCAACCGAAGCUCAAACAAAACGCUGCGCAGAGAAAGAAAAAGAGACAGAAGAAGAAUAGCGAGAAAUUCGGACGUUGGGUUGCGGAUGAACGAAGCAAUGCGCAGCGUGAGGAACGUGCUCGGCGGUUCGCUAAAGAUGAUGAAACGCGACGUUCGAAAUUUGCAGAGUUGCGGUACCGUCUUGACUAUUUCAUUGAUCGAGAAGGUGAGCAGGGGACCAGUGAAAAUGUUGUUGGAACAUGCAUGGAAGUCGAAAAAUCGUACUUCCGCCUUACUUCGGCUCCAGAUCCUUGCACUGUAAGGCCUUUGAAAGUACUGGAAAAAGCAUUAAAAUUAGUACAAGAAAAAUAUACAGUCAAUCAUGAUUAUACUUAUGCAAAUGACCAACUCAGGAGCAUUCGUCAAGAUUUGAUGAUUCAGUGUGUAAGAACUGAUUUCACAGUAAAGGUUUAUGAGACUAAUGCACGAAUCGCGUUAGAGCAAGGCGAUCGUGAAGAAUUUAAUCAGUGUCAAAGCCAGUUAAAAUUAUUAUACAAGGAAAUACCGGACUCUCCAAACCGUCUCGAAUUUACUUCUUAUCGAUUACUUUAUUAUAUAUCUGUUACAAAUACUAUUGAUCAAACUACUUUGCUCAGUGAACUAGAUGAAGAAGCUCGAAGGGAUCCAUGUCUUGCAUUUUCACUGAGAACUCGUGAAGCUUGGGCUCUAGGAAAUUACGUUAAGCUUUUCCGAUUAUAUCAAGUGGCUCCGCGAAUGGCAUCAUAUGUAAUGGAUUUGUUUUUAGAACGGGAACGCAAAGCUGCUUUAAAUGCUUGUUUGAAAUCAUUUCGCCCGACAGUAAGCGCUACAAUGUUGGCAUCUAAAUUAGGUAUGGAAGAAUCGAGAUUACAUGAAUGGUUGCAAGCAUAUGGAGUCACAAUCGAUGACGGUAAAGUUGAUUGUCGUACUUAUAGUAAUAAGGUAAUUAUGUAA